GUUUAUAACUCCAAGCUUCGGCUAUGGAUUCUUGCAUGAUUCAUGAAUCUGGGCUCUGGAUUUGCCUGAGAAAUGUGGCGCAGAGUUGGAUUGAUGCGAGGGCUAGGUGCUCGGCGGUUUUCAGCGGGCACUCGCCGUCGUGUCGAGGACGAGGGAGACUGGUUCUACGCCUCUGAAUGGUGGGGGAACGAUUCCGACGGUGAUGGGCACGCUGUUUUCCGUUCAGCAUCUGAAAAGGGAAACGGCGUAGUCUCUGUUAUUGCAUAUCCUUCUUCCAGGCCUAAUGGACUUCAUUGGCCAGGAACUGGAAGGUGGCUUCAACAAAGAUAUGCAGAGAUAUGCCCUGGCAGCAAGAACGAGGGACGGUUCGAGAUUCUUGGAUAUCAAUGGCGGGUGCUUCGCUUCAAUGAUAAUACUCGCCAAAGCACUGCCAAAGUAAUGGCUGCUUGCCAGGAAUCAGAACCCGAGUCAAUUUUUCUCAUGCAGCAGGCGCAUUGCUUGGCUGUUCCUUAUCUGAAGAGUAUGGUAUCGGUUGGGUUGACCACUAUAGCAUCUUGUGGGUAUGAUCUUUUGAAUGCAAUACAAGGAAAACAAAAUUUACAUAUUUUAUGCAUUGGUCAUGGUGGCGGGAGCUUGCCACUAUUCUUAGCGAGUAAAAUUCAAGGUGCCACUGUCCACAUAGUUGAAAUCGACCCUCUUGUUAUCUCAGCCUCAGUCCAAGCUAUGGGCUUCCCAGCUUUCUCGGUUAUGACCGCAUCAGGUGAGCGUGCAUCUAGCAAACCUGGAUUCAUCGAUGAUGUCAUGUGGAAAGGUGUCCAUGAAAGACUCUUCCUCUAUGAAUUAGAUGCAGAGGACCUCAUCUGCAACACAACCAAUCUAUACGACAUGGUCUUCAUUGACGCUUACGACGGAGACGACAUAUUCCCUCGAAAACUCUGGGAUCCAAAUUACACAUUCCUCGAAGCUCUCAGCAAGCGGCUUCAUCCUAAACAUGGCACUGUGGUGGUGAAUCUUCACUCCGAUUCCGAUCUGUUGAAUCCCGAUGGCUCUGUCCCAUCUGUUCUUGAACAUAUAUUGCCAAUGGGAAAGUACGUAUCCCAAAUCGGCCGAGCAUACAAGGAUGUUUUGGCGAGAGAUGGCAGUUCUUCCGAGAAAAUUUCUGGUUUGGGAUUCACAGUGGCGGUUCCCUGGGUUUGCAACACAUCUUUAGUUGUGUGCAAAGGUUUCCCAAUGAACUGUGAGUAUCUUAACGGGGAUUUGUUAAUGAACAUGCUGAUAUCCAAAUCCCUUGAAGUAGAGCGUCUUAUGAAGUUGCCAUUUUCAUGCUUGGAGUAUAUAAAGAGAGGUUUUGUACUUAUUAAUUAACUGUUCAAUGCUUCUCAGCUUUAGCAGAAAUUGAAAAGUUUUUCCAUCACUUCAUCUCUUCCAUCCCCAAGAAAGUU